AUGAACCCGUUGGGGCCCUUGGUGAUGCGCCCCAUGGGUUUGAACCCCCGUGCAAUGAUGAAGCACUCCGCGCUUGUGAGUCUUGAGGCGGCGGGCUUGUGGAUGCUGAAGUCGUCAAAGAACAUGUUCACUUGCCUAUAUAUGGGCGCGUCGGAGUCGCUGGAGAAGGCCUUGCACACAAACAGGCCUUCCGGGUCGAGCACGGACGCACACACGCUGAUGGCGGCCCGUAUAAGGCACGACUGGACGUACGCGUCGGUUUCGUGGAGCCCGCUGACAUCCGGGGCACCGUCGCACGAUACGAUCUGGGCCAGGCUGCUGUCCGCCAGGGAGGCGUUUGCUAACAUUCUGAACGAACAGAUUCUUGAUGUUCUCCAUAACCUUCUCGUUCGUGAUGUCUCCCUUUAUGAUCUCGACUCCCUUCACCGGCGCCAUGUCUUGCAGGUCCACCGCUAUGAUCACGGGCUUCACCGUGCAGCUGUCCUUGAGCCUGGGGCAAAUCGCCUUCUCCUUGGCGAUCGCCUUCGAGGCGUCCUUGUAGACGAAGUACUCGUUGUACACGAAGUCGCGUAUGCACUGCGUCCAGCUCCCGGGCGCCGCGCAGAGAUCCACCACGUUCCUGAUGCGAGGAAGGCUGGAGCAGUGGUAUACCUGAGCCCUGGCUUCGCAAAUGUCGAAUUUGUGGACGCCGCUCAGGUCCUCGUCUGGGCAGCAGUGCUCGCACUUGGUAUUACGGAGCAGCUCCAUGAUCGGGUCUAUUCGAGCAAUCGGAUGGAAAAUUCCGUACGCCUGGAAAAUGUGGAGCAAUUUGUAGGCGCUUCUAGCGCGGUAACCAUCCUCCUUGGCUUUGCGAUAGUAAACGUCCCUAUUCUCCUUGGUGGUGUGAGCCAUCUCCGGAAUAGAAUUGUUUGCACUGGAUAG